AUGGUUUCCGAUAAUAUUUCCGUUCCAUCUCUCUAUGUGAUCAAGGGUAUUAUUAUCUUAGACAAUGACGGAAAUCGUCUUUUGGCAAAAUAUUAUAAUCAAUCGUAUGCAACGAUAAAAGAACAGAAAGAAUUCGAGAAAUCUUUGUUCAAUAAAACACACAAAGGUUCAGGCGAUGUCAUUCUUUUGGAUAAUUGGACGAUUGUCUACCGAAACAAUGUUGAUUUACUCUUCUACGUUGUUGGCAGUACAGAUGAAAAUGAAUUAAUGUUAAACUCCGUGUUGACAUGUUUAUUCGACUCAUUGAGCACGAUGUUGCGAAAAAAUGUGGAAAAACGAUAUCUUUACGAAAAUUUGGAUUUAGUUAUGCUGACACUCGACGAAAUUUGUGAUGAUGGAAUUGUCUUAGAAUCGGAUCCAAUGUUAAUUGCACAACGUGUUCAAUUACGUCAAGAUGACGUUCCAUUAGGCGAACAGACUGUCACUCAAGUACUUAACCAUGCAAAAGAACAAAUUAAGUGGUCGUUAUUGAAAUAA